UAGUUAAUCAGUUAAUUUAACCAAUAUUAUUCUUCAAAGUGGUGACCUGAAUUUUGGAUUCCCAGAUUCUCAGAUUCAUUGCGCAUGCGCGUAUUUGGACUCGGCCGCCAUUUUUCCGAUCGUCAAAGCUUUUGUCGAAGAAGAAAACGGAUAGUAGCUAAAUUAAAAUCGAAAAUUUUGUGACAUAUCGACGGAGAUUCAGAUAACUAUCUGACCAGUUGAAGGUGUGUGAGAGGUUGUAUUCAGUGGAACCAAGGUUACAAUUGACUGAGGGGGUCUUUUGAAAACACAAGGAAACCUUCCAAAAACAGCUGUUGUUAGUGGCUAUUGAGUCUUUGUUCACUUGGACAAAUUCUUGUCCUUUGUCCAGAACUGAAAUGUGAAUUUCACCACACCACCAAAAAUAGUGCUUUUGAUUGAAGUAUGAGAAUUGAUUGUUAAUAUGAUGGUGUUUGAAAUGUUUCCAUCAUAAAAAAUCUUCAACCCCAUAAGAGCUAUGGUUCGGGAAGAUGACCAGCCCCAAGAGGGGAUGGCCAAUCGAACCUACGCCAAAUGGCUCAUUGAAGCAAUACGUAAAAUCAAACAUCAAAAACAACGACCCAGUGUUGAAAGAAUCAUCCAUGCUGUACGGCAGUUUCAUAAAGUAAGCAAAGAUUCUGUGGCUGAGCAGUUAGAACUUUCAGUGGCAGAGGGCCUUGUGCUAAAAACAUUCAAUAAAGGAGUAUGGUCUUAUAAAGAUCCUGAUAGAGUAACAAAGUUAUCUACUCGAUCACUUCGUAUUCAUAACAAAACAGACUUGAGUAAAGUUAUUUUACGGACAAUCAAAGAGCUUGGAGAGAUAGGAGGUUCAACAUUAAAAAGUAUUGAGAAAUACAUUCAGUCUAGUUACUCAGUAGAGCUGGCAGAUGAUGUAGACCUUUCCCAGCAGAUCAAAUUUUCAGCAAAACGUGCUGUUGGUUCUAAAAAACUGUCUCAGGAUGGCAAGUAUUUUAAAAUUGAGCAGUCACAUGAUGAUUCCCUUGGAAGUAACAGCAGUGAUAGGAGUAGCACAAUGGCUGUUGGAACAUUUGAUGAUGAUAUCUCAGUGCGCAGUGACAAUUCAUUUGCAGAGAAGACCCCUGCAGCAGAGAAACCAUUCAAGUCAAAGAAAUUGGUGCGGCCGAUGCAAAUCUGUAGUUUCUGUCUGGGUACCGCUGAGCAGAAUCGUGAAAAGUUACCAGAAGAGUUGAUCUCAUGUGCUGAAUGUGGAAACAGUGGGCACCCAUCGUGUCUCAAGUUCUCACCAGAGCUGACAGCAAAGGUGAAAAGUCUGAGGUGGCAAUGUAUAGAGUGCAAGACUUGUUCAUUCUGCCAGGCAUCAGGGAGGGAGGACAAUAUGUUAUUCUGUGAUGCCUGCGACAGAGGGUUCCAUAUGGGCUGCUGUGACCCACCUUUCACGAAAGCUCCUAAAGGAACUUGGGUGUGCAAUAUCUGUGACCCAGAGAGGGGCAGUAAGAGGACCAAGCAGUUGGUAGAUGAGACGUUAGAACGAGAGUAUAAGGACGCCAUCUGUAGGAGGCGAAGUAGGGGGCCAAGACAGGAGAAAAAGCUACAAAUGUGCCCUACCCCUGGUUGUGAUGGCUCAGGCAAUACUAACAACAGAAAUAGUCAUCAUAGAAAGCCCUGGGCGUGUCCCAUGUUAUCAGAUGAUGAGAGGCCUAAAAAGCCUAAGAGUAAGAAAGUGAUUGACAAGCUACAUGAGACUACUACUAACAAACAUGAUAUGGACAGGGAGCCAAGUGUCUUAGUGGCCAAUGGGGACUUGAGUGAUGAUAGUGAUGAUCAUGUCUCAGACAUUGCCCCCAUAGGAGAACUCCCCGAUGAUGAGCUAGGCCCACUGGGGAAGCCUAAAGGUCUCAUAGAUGGAUUGACUAAAUUCUUCACCCCUUCUAAUAAGCGCACGUCUCGGGUGUCCCUUAAUGCCCUAGCGGCUGCCAAGUAUGGUACAUUCAUAGGCAAAGUGAAAAGCAAUACUAGCAAAUCACAGAAAGCUGCCAGUAAAUUAUUGAGGAAAUCCCGUGCAUUACACAUGUCUAGAGCUGGCAGGAAGCAUCAAUUUGGACCACCAGGUAGUGGGCAGUUGAAGGGUCUUUUUGACGGUCUCUCCCAUAUAUUUACUGCCAUAGGGGAUAGAAAGCGCACUUUGACAACUUAUGCUCCCCCACCCCGUAUUAAACGAAUUCGUCCUUUAGAACCAAUGGAGGUGUCUGAUAAAGCUGAGGCUCCUGUCUUAGUGUCUGCUACAGACCCCCCGCCCCCAGAACCCACUCCCCCUGUAUUCCAUUCCCUUGGUCGGGGCUCCACUAGUAAACUGGGGCGGGCAGGCCUGCACAGUGCUAGUGCCAGUGUGGGUAGGGGGCGGGGUCCAAGGAAGACAUCAACUGCUGUUACACCGCUGGCUCCAAGUGGACGUGGGGGCCGGGGCCGGGCUGCCUCAUCCCUACAGUGUACUAGUGUAGGGCGAGGCCGGGGGAGGGGCAGACGGUCAUCUGGUGCAGGGGACCAGCCACCAGUACAACCUGUUGGGAUCACAGACCAAGACAUGGAAAUGUUCAAAGAAGCUCAGGAGAAAGCACACCAGGUUAAGUAUAGUAUCAGCCAAUUUCAGACCACUCAGAAGGAGAAGGAAGCCAGUGGGGACAAAGAGAAAGAGAAGACUUUGGUGAAUACAGGGAGGUACCCUCCUUGCAUUGAGUUUGGUCGCUAUGAGAUCAACACCUGGUACUCGUCACCUUACCCUGCGGAAUGUGCAAGACUUCCAAAGUUGUAUAUCUGUGAGUUCUGUCUGAAGUACAUGAAGAGUCGGAGCAUACUAAGGCGCCAUCUGGAGAAGUGUGGCUUAUGUCACCCACCUGCCAAUGAGAUCUACCGCAAGGAUAAUGUCUCGGUGUUUGAAGUGGAUGGAAAUGCAAACAAGAUAUACUGCCAGAAUCUUUGCUUACUGGCAAAGUUAUUCUUGGAUCACAAGACGUUGUAUUACGACGUUGAACCAUUCUUGUUCUAUGUGCUCACACAAAAUGAUGAAAAUGGAUGCCAUCUAGUCGGCUAUUUCUCUAAGGAAAAGCAUUGCCAGCAGAAAUACAAUGUCUCAUGUAUUAUGACCAUGCCUCAGUACCAGAGGAAAGGAUAUGGCCGGUUUCUCAUUGAUUUCAGUUACCACUUGUCCAUCAUAGAAGGCCAAUCAGGAUCCCCAGAGAAGCCUCUCUCUGACCUUGGCAAGGUCACCUACCAGGCCUACUGGCGGAGUGUCAUCCUCGAGUACCUUCAUAAAUACACAGACACUAAUAUCACAAUCAAAAGUAUCACUCGUUCCACUGGGAUGUGCCCACAUGACAUAGCAAACACCCUCCAACAGCUCAACUUUGUAGCCAAGAAGGAUGGCAAGUUUAUCAUCCAGGUUGAUAAGCGAGUUGUUGAUGCACAUGCCGAGAAACUGAAGAAAAAGGGCGUUAUACGCCUGAUAUUGGACCCUGAGUUCUUGCGCUGGACUCCUCUUAUAUCUACUCAUACACUUAUGGAGGAGGAGAAAAAGGCGGAAAAAGAGCUGAAAGAUAUUGCAGAAGAGAUCAAAGGAAUGGAAGAAGAUUCGGAGGCUGGAUCUCCAAAGAAACUCAACAGUCCUGGUGCUAGGAAACGCAUCUUUUUUGAGCGGAAGAAAGGACGGCGACGUAAAGCUCUCACCUCCAACAACAAUAACUCUAAUAUGGAAGAUGAUGAAGAAUCACGACCCCCACCAAAGAAGAAAAUCAGAAAUAGCACAAGUGAUGUUGAUGAAAGAAAACUAAAUGGUUCCCAAUCCCCUAACAACUCGUCAUCGGCCCUUGGCGAGUCUAAACCAGAUUCACGGUGCAAUGAAACUUCGCCACCGGCAAAAAACGAUAUGCCCAUGACACCCAAAAAGCGAGGCUGGCCAAAAGGUGUCAAAAGGGGCAGCAUAAACAAAAAGCCAGCAGUAGUAAAAAUGCCUCGCAAAAAAGGGGGACGCCCAGGACGACGUCCAAAGGCUCUCCAAAGUCUCCCAAAGGAAGGCAUCAUAAAAAAUGGCGCAACUCUCGAGUCAUCAAAUUCCCCAAAGGAAGACAUCGCAGUAAAAGACGCUAAGGAGAAUGUAAUAGAAAAUGGUGAAAUCCAUGAAAAUGGCAUCGAAAAUAAUGAUAAUGCUAUAAAUGGUGUUGAUCAUGAUGUUGAUGCAGAUGGAGAUCACAGUGAUGUGGAUAAUGAUCACACUGAAGAACAAGACAUUGACAAUGACAAUGAGUGCAAUCAUAUUGAUAGACCCAUAAAUGGGCAUAUUGACUCCGAAGAUGAUGGCAAUGAAGCAGACCAAUCAGGAUCCGAAAGUGAAUCUGAGUCUGACUCUGAUUCUGAUUCUGAAGACGAACAAUCGAAAAAGACUGAAGAAAUAAUUCAAAGUGAACCUCUGGUGCCAAACAAUGUGAAAAGUCCUCAGGGGGAAAUAGAGGUGAAUAAUGAACCAAUCAUACCCUCAAAUGAUGAGAUGAGUCCUGACAUUAAGGAAGAUAGAGACAAUGAUAAGGUGUUAAUACCUGAUAAGGAUAUUGACUCUGAUAUGGAUAAUAACGAACCUGAUAUACCUGAGAUUAAGUCUCCAGGAACUCUAGAACCAUACCACAGUGAUAUUGACCAGCCAGGUAUGGGCCCUAAAUGUCCCCAGCCAGAGGUAGAGGAGGAAGAGGAGCAUUCUGAUACCCCUGAACAUUACCAUGAUUCUGAACCUCCUCAACCUCAGAAUGUGAUUGAGCCAAUCCCAGCACAGACCAAGCCUGAGUCUCCCGUGAUUGAAACACAUAUGGGCGAGUCAGAAUCUGACAAUGGUGACAACAACCAACAGGAACAUUACCCGGAGUAUGAUAAUGAUAAUGAUGUCCAUGAGAAUAUCGAACAAGAUGUUCAAGAGACACUUGAAGCUAGUGAGAAUCUUGAACAAGCUCUGGCUGAGGAUUUAAAUGUUGAACAGGCUGAGAAUGGUUUGGAAGAUCCGGCACAUACACAAGAGCAAGCCCAUGAGGAUGCAGCUAGCAUGCUAGGUGUGGAAUCAUCGAGCAGUCAUCAACAAGUUCAUGAACAGCUCCCUCUUGCUCCUCAGCAACCCAUACAGCACCAGCUUCAGCAACCCCUGCCACCUCAACAGGUGCAACAUUCACCGAUGUCACAACAGUUAGAGCAGUCACCAAUGUCACAACAGGUGCAACAUUCACCAAUGUCACAA